UUACCAUCCUCACUACGACUUUUGACUGACUACUCUCCCUUUCUCUCUUUCUCUCUCACAAACACACACAGAGCUUCUCAUCAGAGCUCUCUCUCUUUCUCUCUCUAAUGGCAGCAGAGAAACUCAUACCCUAAACCAAGCAGCUACACCUAGACAGAGACACUCACUCAGACCAUCCACCACUUAUCAUCACUCUCCUUUUUCUCUUUCUCACAAAAUGAAACCCAUGUACAGCACCAUCUCUCUCUCGCUAUUAUUGGUCCUCUUAUCUUUCUUUCUCCACCCUACACCAUGUUUUUCCAGACUCAACAACCCAACGGAGAACCUUCUCAACUUCAAAGCCACUCUCCCCAACCCGAACCUCCUCCCGAACUGGCUCCCGAACCGGAACCCAUGCUCCUUCACCGGAAUCACCUGUAACCAAACUACAAUAACAUCCAUAGUCCUCACCGGAAUCCCCCUCAACACCAACCUCACCGUCGUCGCCACCUACCUUCUCACCCUCGACCACCUCCACCUCCUCACCUUAAAAUCCACUAACCUCACCUCCUCCGCCGCCAUUUCCACCACCUGCGCCACCUCACUCACCGCCAUAGAUCUAUCUCAAAACACUUUCUCCGGUCCCUUCUCCGCCUUGUCGUUUCUAUCCUCCUGCUCCAACCUCCAAUCCCUCAACCUCUCCAACAACCUCCUGGAAUUUGAUUCGCCGCGCUGGAAGCUCAGCUCCACCGUGCAAAUCCUUGACCUCUCUUACAACAAGUUCACUGGCCCCGCCGUCUUCCCCUGGGUUCUCACUACUGGGUUAACCCACUUGAAUCUCCGGGGAAACAAAAUCACCGGCGAAACUGACUUCUCCGCCGCGAGCAACUCUCUCGAGUAUCUAGACCUCGCCGCCAACAAUUUCACCGUCUCCAUUCCUUCAUUCGGCGACUGCUCUUCGCUUCAGCAUCUUGACCUCUCUGCAAACAAAUACUACGGCGACAUUGCGAGGACUCUCUCCCCCUGCAAGAGCCUCCUCCACCUCAACCUCUCCGGCAACCAAUUCUCCGGCGCGGUUCCUUCACUCCCCUCCGGCUCACUCAAGUUCGUCUACCUCGCCGGAAACCACUUCCGCGGUCAGAUUCCGGCGGGGCUAGCCGACCUCUGCACCACACUCGUCGAGCUCGACUUGUCCUCCAACAACCUCUCCGGCGCAGUUCCCGCCGAGCUCGGCUCCUGCUCCUCCCUGGAGUCCCUCGACAUCUCCAGCAACCGCUUCACCGGCGCACUCCCGGUGGAAGUUUUCACAGAAAUCGCCACCCUCAAACAGCUCGCCGUGUCGUUCAACGAGUUCGUCGGUCCUCUCCCGGAGAAGCUCUCCAAGCUCGCGAGCUUGGAAUCGCUGGAUCUGAGCUCCAACAACUUCACCGGUUCAAUCCCGGAGUGGCUCUGCGAGGAUCCGAUGAACAAUUUGAAGGAGCUUUUCCUGCAGAAUAACCGUUUCACCGGUCCUGUUCCGGCCACGCUCAGCAACUGCUCCAACCUCGUCGCGCUCGACCUGAGCUUCAACUUCCUCACCGGAACCAUCCCUCCGAGCUUGGGUUCCCUCACGAAGCUUCGCGAUUUGAUCAUGUGGCUGAACCAGCUCCAUGGUGAGAUCCCCCCUGAGCUGAGCAAGAUGCAGAGCUUGGAGAAUCUCAUCCUGGACUUCAAUGAGUUCACCGGGAACAUCCCCUCCGGUCUUGUGAACUGCACCAAGCUCAAUUGGAUCUCCCUCUCCAACAACAAGCUCAGCGGCGAGAUUCCACCGUGGAUUGGGAAGCUCACGAACCUCGCGAUCCUCAAGCUCAGCAACAACUCGUUCUCCGGUAGCAUCCCGCCGGAGCUCGGGGAUUGUCCUAGCUUGAUUUGGCUAGAUCUGAACACUAAUCAACUCACCGGGCCAAUCCCGCCGGAGCUUUUCAAGCAAUCGGGGAAGAUCAGGGUGAAUUUCAUCAGCGGGAAGACGUAUGUGUACAUCAAGAAUGAUGGGAGCAGGGAGUGCCAUGGUGCAGGAAACUUGCUGGAGUUUGCAGGGAUUAGCCAGCAGCAGCUGAACAGGAUUUCUACGAGGAACCCUUGUAAUUUCACUAGGGUUUAUGGAGGUAAGAUUCAGCCCACGUUUAAAAACACUGGUUCCAUGAUCUUUCUGGAUAUGUCUCACAACAUGUUGACUGGUCCUUUACCUAAGGAACUUGGAGAAAUGUACUAUCUCUAUAUAUUGAAUUUGGGGCACAAUAACCUUUCUGGUAGCAUUCCUCAAGAGCUUGGGAGGGUGAAGAAUCUCAACAUCCUUGACCUCUCCUACAACAGGCUCCAAGGUCAGAUUCCACAGGCAUUGACAGGGCUUUCAUUGCUCACUGAGCUGGAUUUGUCAAACAAUUUACUCAAUGGGAUGAUUCCCGAAUCGGGUCAAUUCGAUACAUUUCCGUCUGCGCGGUUCUUGAACAACUCUGGUCUGUGUGGGGUUCCUCUUCUUCCGUGUGGGACUGAUACAGGAGUGAGUGCUGAUGCUCAGCAUCAGAGGUCGCAUAGGAAGCAGGCGUCUCUUGCGGGGAGUGUGGCUAUGGGAUUGUUGUUCUCCCUGUUAUGUGUGUUUGGUUUGAUUAUAAUUGCAAUUGAGACUAAGAAAAGGAGGAAGAAGAAGGAGGCUGCAAUUGAUGGCUACAUUGAUGGAAAUGGCAAUUCUCAUUCAGGCAAUGCCAAUAAUGUCAGCUGGAAGUUCACCAGUGCGCGUGAAGCGCUCAGCAUAAACCUCGCAACGUUUGAGAAGCCGCUCCGGAAGCUUACUUUUGCUGAUCUUCUCGAAGCCACCAAUGGCUUUCACAAUGACAGCCUCAUUGGUUCAGGGGGUUUUGGUGACGUCUACAAGGCUCAAUUGAAGGAUGGGAGUGUGGUUGCCAUCAAGAAGUUGAUACAUGUGAGUGGACAAGGGGACAGGGAAUUCACUGCUGAAAUGGAAACCAUUGGGAAAAUUAAGCAUAGGAACCUUGUUCCUCUUCUGGGAUACUGCAAGGUUGGAGAGGAAAGGCUCUUGGUUUAUGAGUACAUGAAAUAUGGAAGCCUUGAAGAUGUUCUGCAUGACCCGAAGAAAGCUGGGAUCAAGCUGAAUUGGAAUGUGAGGAGGAAGAUUGCAAUCGGAGCUGCUAGAGGGUUGGCUUUUCUUCACCACAAUUGUAUCCCCCAUAUCAUUCACAGGGACAUGAAAUCUAGCAAUGUAUUACUUGAUGAAAACCUUGAAGCCAGGGUCUCUGAUUUUGGAAUGGCUAGAAUGAUGAGUGCUAUGGAUACUCAUCUAAGUGUCAGCACGCUAGCCGGCACACCAGGUUAUGUUCCUCCCGAGUACUAUCAGAGCUUCAGAUGCUCCACAAAAGGUGAUGUUUAUAGCUACGGCGUCGUUCUGCUGGAGCUUUUAACAGGGAGAAGGCCAACAGAUUCGGCUGAUUUUGGUGACAAUAAUCUUGUGGGGUGGGUUAAACAACAUGCCAAACUGAAAAUAAGCGAUGUUUUCGAUCCAGAGCUCAUGAAGGAAGACCCCAAUCUGGAGAUUGAGCUCUUGCAGCACUUGAAGGUAGCUUGUGCUUGUUUGGAUGACAGACCGUGGCGGCGUCCUACAAUGAUUCAAGUCAUGGCAAUGUUCAAGGAAAUCCAAGCAGGGUCCGGGAUGGAUUCUCAGUCCACUAUAGCCACUGAUGAUGAAGGUUUCAAUGCUGUCGAAAUGGUGGAGAUGAGCAUCAAGGAAGUCCCUGAGUUGAGCAAGCAUUAGGCAGCCAAAUUCUGGAAAAUUUUAAGGGUGUUCAUUGAGGAGAUGACAGUUCCAACCAGCUAGCUCCACAAAAGAUUUUUCCCAUCUUCUUUGCCGCUUCAAAUUAUAUACCAGUGAUAUUAGAGGAUCGAAUCGCCUGCAGGGUCUUUUUAUGUAUGUAGUUCUUGUUAUUUUUAUACAUAAAACAUGUUGUUUAACUUGUAUAUAAACAAGGUUCAGUUGCUACCACCUGUGUUAAAUUUCGUAGAAUUUUAAAGUACUUCUCAUUCAGAUA